AUGCAAUUCUCAUCCGCUGUCGUCUUAUCCGCUGUUGCUGGUUCCGCUUUGGCUGCUUACUCCAACUCCACUGUUACUGACAUUCAAACCACUGUUGUCACCAUCACUUCAUGUGAAGAAAACAAAUGUCACGAAACUGAAGUUACCACUGGUGUUACCACCGUCACUGAAGUUGACACUACGUACACCACCUACUGCCCAUUGUCAACCACUGAAGCUCCAGCUCCAUCUACUGCUACUGAUGUUUCUACCACCGUUGUCACCAUCACCUCAUGUGAAGAAGACAAAUGUCACGAAACCGCUGUCACCACCGGUGUCACCACUGUCACUGAAGGUACUACCAUCUACACUACCUACUGCCCAUUGCCAUCUACUGAAGCUCCAGGUCCAGCUCCAUCUACUGCUGAAGAAUCUAAACCAGCUGAAUCUUCCCCAGUUCCAACCACCGCUGCUGAAUCUUCCCCAGCUAAAACUACUGCUGCUGAAUCUUCCCCAGCUCAAGAAACCACUCCAAAGACCGUUGCUGCUGAAUCUUCUUCAGCUGAAACUACUGCUCCAGCUGUCUCUACCGCUGAAGCCGGUGCUGCUGCUAACGCUGUCCCAGUUGCUGCUGGUUUGUUGGCUUUGGCUGCUUUGUUUUAA